UUAAAAAAGGGAUAACAAAAUACAAAGGAAAUAACCACAAAACAAACCAAUAAACAAACAACCAAUAACAGGACAUACAUUUCACAUAAUUGAUUGCCACCCAAUACCAAUUAACACUGUUUUGAGAUAAGGAUAAUACACAACAACAGAAACAACAACAAGAUGACAAACACCAUACUUGGCAGAUUAAAACUGCCGAUAAUAGUUUUGAUAUUUCUAACCAAUUUUGGUGACAACAAAAGGAAUACCUGCGGAGCUUUCGAUGUCUACUUCCCGAUGACAGCGAUUGAGCUGAAUAUGCCCUUCAAUGAGAAAUCGCAGAGUAUUUUUUCGAAAAUCCCAAUUGGACAAUUUCAAGUAUUGUCGACGACGGAAAACACUCCCGCCCUCGACUACAGCUAUAGCAUGGAUGACAACGAUUUGCUGCGCAUCAAUCAGACAAGUGGUGAAGUUUUUCUCAGAGAUGACUACAAAGCACCCACAGGCUCAUUGCAGUUCAAUAUAAAAGCCAACAAGAAUCGUAGCAAUAAUUUCUCCAAACCCACAACCAAUACCCUAUCGCAAAUGUCCAUUGAAUUACAUCCGCUAACGGAGGAAGAAUAUUGUGAAGAUUUGGAAAACAUUUGCUUUUGGUCAUCGGCAAAUUAUAUUAUCAUGGAAGAUCUCGCCACACCAGCGGGCAAUGGAAAUUCAAAAUUUAAACCAAUUUUGGUCGGUUCCCUAAAUCCCAGGGGAGCCAAAUAUUUGUGUCCCUACAUGGAUUUAAAAUAUCAGCUUUUGAAUGCUUCGCAAUUGUUUCAAUUGCGUAAUAAUUUAUUGAUAACCCGUCAACCACUGGAUUUUGAAUCCCUCGAUGUGGCCCAGCAAACAAAUCUCUCCGUGGACAUCAAUUGUUUGGUUAAAAUUAGCUCGAAUCGUACGGAACAAUUUCGCAAGCUAAUUAAUGUCCAGGUUAUCGAUCGCAAUGAUAAUGGUCCGAUUUUGCUGAAUAUCUCGAAGGUGUUUAAUUUCAACAUGGAAAGUGCCUACUUUAAUGCGAAUGAAAAUAUUGGCGAGAAAAUAUUAUUUAUGGACAAGGAUUCGGUGGCAACGAAUGUUUAUCAGACCUAUAAAAUAAUCAAUGAUACACUGGAUUUAGUGCGGCCAGUUUGUAAUGUUUAUGAGGGUGAAUACCCAAGAAGGAGGAACACCAUGAUAAGCUGUCAAGUACGUUUUGCCCGCAAUGGUGUGGCCAAUCAGCCAUCCUAUUGUUUUGCCCUGCAGGCCAGUGACGAAACAAUUGAGGGUGCCAGCCGAAAUACGGCCACAGCGAAUAUUUGCAUUAAAACGGACCCCGAGUUAAUCUUGGAAGCCAAUCAUCCACAGGCCUUGCCGCUGCGUACCAGGCAAAAUCGUAAAAUGAAUGUUGUCAAUACGGAUGACAAUGAUCUGUUGAAUUCGGAUAGUUUUAGUCGCACCCUGACACGUAGCAUACCGAACUCAUAUCCCAAAGAUGUCUAUGUGUAUCGUACGGCCCAGCCAAUGUAUCGGGUGACACAGCCAGCAGAUUUUCGUAAUCUUAUACGUUUGCCACAGCUAAAAUUCACUUUGAUUGAAGAUCGUAGCCAGGCAUUUGGUAUAACAUCGGCGGCUGGGAUAAUUUACGUUAAGGAUAUUGUCGCCCUGAAAUAUGCACCGGAAACUAUAUAUUUCCUCAACGUAACCUGGCACGACAUCUAUCAGCGUUCCUUUGUAAUCAAUGUCCAUUUGCGGGAGGGCCGACCGGGUAAUGUAACCUGUGAACAUAAAGUGAAAUCGAAAAGUCAAACAUGUGCCCAAAUCAAAUAUCGCAACCAAUGCCAAUCGUUUUGUGGCCUAGCCACCAAUGGCGGUAGUUGUGUAUGGCGUGGCACCAACAGUGCUCGCUUCAGUUCAAAUUAUGCUUCCUGUGUUCCCAAUGCCACAUUUUGUCCUGACAAUGUCUGUGAUCCGUUGGAGGAGAUCAACACCUUUGUCUGUCCGCAAGAUUGUACGGGUGGUAAUAAAAUACUUAGCCCCCUGUCGGUGAGUGAUAAACGUAAGGGUAUUUCAUCGGCCUCUGGCACCUGUACAUGUGAUGAUAAUGGUAAUUGUGCCUGCACCCCGCUGGAUGAGGAUGAACCCAAGCCGAAGAAGAGGAAACAAAAUAAGGGAGAAGCUAAAGCGGAACAUAAUGCCUAUAGAUCUGAAGCACCAACAAUAUUAGCGGAAAACCCUUCCCCAACUAAUGCCACAUUGAGAGAGGAACAUAAAUCCCCCACGGCCCGGGUGGAGGCUGAAAGUCUCAUUAAUGUCAAGGGAUUUGAGUGUAAUCAAACCUGUAUAAUAAUUGCCAUAGUAUGUCCCAGCACUCUGCUGAUACUUACCACAUGUUUGUUGGUAUCCCGUUUGGGGAGACGAAAAAAGUCACGCGACAUGAACUCCCUUGGCAAUAGAGAUGGUGGGCAAAAAGCUGCCCUGGAUGGCUGCCGGGAAUCACAAUGUAGUGCAUCCGGCAGUGGCUUGCCAUUGGUACAGCUGGAAAACAGCUACACUUUUCAUAGUUCUGUGGUCGAUUCAAAAUGGGAAUUUCCCAGAGAAAACUUGCAGUUGGAUUCCAUUUUGGGUGAGGGAGAGUUUGGUAAAGUUAUGAAGGCAUAUGCCACAGAUAUUGCCAAUAGUCCAGGAGUGACAACUGUUGCGGUGAAAAUGUUGAAAAAAGGUGCCAAUUCUGUGGAAUACAUGGCUCUACUCUCCGAAUUCCAGCUGCUGCAGGAAGUAUCCCAUCCGAAUGUUAUAAAGCUAUUGGGUGCCUGUACCAAAGGUGAUACGCCGCUGAUUAUAAUUGAGUACGCCAAAUAUGGAGCCCUUAGGAGUUAUUUACGUUUGUGUCGUAAGCUGGAAUAUAGCGGUGCAGAAUUUACCGAUGGCAUGGAACCAAUGACUGUGAGGAGCAUUCUCUCUUUUGCCUGGCAAAUAUGCAAGGGAAUGGCCUAUUUGACGGAUAUUAAGUUGGUCCAUCGAGAUCUGGCCGCCCGCAAUGUCCUUUUGGCCGAGGGCCAUAUUUGUAAGAUAUCUGAUUUUGGUUUGACUCGAGAUGUCUAUGAAGAUGAUGCCUAUUUGAAACGUUCACGGGAACGUGUCCCGGUUAAGUGGAUGGCUCCGGAAUCGCUGGCCGACAAUGUUUACACUUCCAAAUCUGAUGUCUGGGCAUUUGGUGUGCUGUGUUGGGAGUUAAUAACCCUGGGUGCAUCUCCAUAUCCCGGCAUACCAGUACAGAAUUUAUAUCAUUUACUAAAGAGCGGUUAUCGCAUGGAAAAACCUGAAAAUUGUUCGGAUGAAAUCUACUCAUUGGUACAAUCCUGCUGGAUGGAUGAUCCCAAUGCCCGGCCAUCAUUCAAAUUUUUGGCAUCAGAAUUUGAAAAGCUGAUGGGUAACAACACCAAAUCCUUUUCGAAUCCCACCUAUUGCGAAGAAGAAGAAAUUCACAGUCCCACAACAUCUCACGCGGCCACAGACUUCAAGGAAACACCCCACAACGAUGAUGAAUCAAAUGUAUUGGAAGAUUUAUGGAAACCACCAAAAGUCCUCUACGAUAUACAAGAUUGUUCCAGCCGUGAUACAUUUUCAUUUUCCAGUAGUUUUCUACCACCACCCGGUUAUGAUAUGCCCCGGCCACUACAUGAAUCGCGAACACUUGAUUCACGUUAUGAAAAUGAUUUAAGAUAUCCAAUGGCUACAUUGAGGAAAUCAUCACUCGGUACACCAUCGAGGGAAAUGUAUACACUGCCAGUGAAACGAGGACGUUCAUAUAUGGAUGUAACCGCUCGAGCUAAUAUGGCGGAAAAUUGUGAAAAGAUGGAGCUAUCGAAAACGAUUUCAUUUAAAUUUUCCAGUAUACUCAAUGUGAAUGAGCAAAAUGAGAGUUCGGCCUAGAGGACUAGCGGAGGCUACUCCAAUUUUAUAGACUGAUUUUAGAAGUUGUUUUUCAUUUUCUUUCAUGCUAUCAAAGUGCACUGAAUAUAAGGACUCUCUAGAUUAGUGAGGUCACUUGCUAUGGCUAUACUCUAGACAUAGACGUAAAAUUUUACGUUUUUUUCUGUUUUAUUUGUAAGAAUUUUUAUAUGAAAUACCCAUAAUUUGUAGCCAAUUUUUUAUUCGGAAAAAAGUUUAAGAUCAUCUUUUUAUCUGCAAUAAUGCAAUUGAAAUAAAUUAUCUAAAAUAUCUCAUUUCUAGUCUAAUACAA